AUGGCAGAGCCUACGCAGUUUGCAUACAGGACACAGAAGACGGUGGGCAUCGUGGAUGCAGCGCCCGUCUAUGAGCCCUUGAGCGGGUUCCAGAGACCGGAUGUUGCCUCUCGCUGCUGCACGUACUCGCCGUGCGGGCGGUACUUUGCCUGGGUCAGUAACGAGGCAGUCACUGUAGUCGAUGCCUCCGUCGGACACGUCAUCACCACUCUCUCCAUACCCAACGUGUACGAAUUGGGUUUCUCGCCGCGGGGCUCAUAUCUCAUCACAUGGGAGCGGCCGUCCAAGGAUGAGAAUGGGGAUGCCGUGAAGAAUCUAAAGGUCUGGCGCACGGUGGAGGACAUUGCAGAGGGCGCGGAGAAGCAGGUUGUAGGGCGGUUCGUGCAGAAGUCGCAAACGGGGUGGAACUUGCAGUACACUUUCGAUGAGAAGUACUGCGCCCGCGCUGUCACCAAUGAGGUGCAGUUCUACGAGAGUGACAACUUGGGGUCGGUCUGGAACAAGCUGCGCGCCGAGGGCGUUACAGAUUUUGCUAUUUCACCUGGCAACAACCAAGCUGUUGCCGUCUUCAUCCCAGAGCGCAAAGGUCAACCUGCUACCGUCAAGGUUUUCAACGUCCCUCAAUUCGCCAGCCCGGUUUCACAAAAGAAUUUCUUUAAGGGCGACAAGGUCACGUUGAAGUGGAACCAGCUGGGUACAACCCUUAUUGUUCUUGCACAAACCGAAGUCGACAAGACGGGCAAGAGUUAUUACGGAGAAACUACACUAUAUGUGCUGAGUGCAAAUGGUGGAUUUGAUUCGAGAAUUACUCUGGACAAGGAAGGCCCAAUUCAUGAUGUAUCGUGGUCCCCUAAUUCGAAAGAGUUUGGAGUGGUCUACGGAUACAUGCCAGCCAAGACAACCAUCUUCAACCAAAGAGCUGUUGCAACGCAUACGUUCGAUCUCAGGCCCAGAAACACAAUCUUGUUUUCCCCCACCGGUCGAUUUGUUUUGGUUGCUGGUUUUGGUAACCUUGCAGGGCAGAUGGAUAUCUAUGAUCUCGAAAAGGAUUACAAGAAGAUCUGCACUAUCGAGGGUGGCAAUCCAAGUGUCUGCGAGUGGAGUCCAGACAGCAAAUUCAUCCUGACUGCCACUACUAGUCCCCGUCUUCGUGUUGAAAAUGGAGUUCGGUUGUGGCAUGUUGGAGGAGGUAUUAUGUACAAUGAAGAUAUGGUGGAGUUGUAUCACGUUACCUGGAGACCUCAAUCACUGGACAAGCUUACGGCUGGGGAUCCUUUGCAUCCAGUCCCGACUCCUCAUGCAUCGGCUCUAGCGUAUCUAGGUACUGUCAAGACGCCUUCCAAGCCUGCGGGCGCUUACCGGCCACCUGGAGCUCGCGGAACCUUAACACCAUCGCAUUACAAGCGUGAAGACGAAGGAGGGGCCGCACAUGUUGUUAGUAACGGCACUCAGCUGGUAGGAUCCAACGGAUUUGGCAGAGGUAAACGACAAAUCCCGGGAGCGGAAGCAGUGGAAAAUCUGCCACCUGGAGCGGAUCCUAGCAAACCAGUCCCAGGAGGUGCCGAGGGAGAUGAGAAUCUCUCCAAAGCAGCUUUAAAGAAUAAGAAGAAGCGAGAAGCAAAGAAAGCCAAGGAGGCAGAAGCCAAGGCCCAGGGCCUAGUCCCUUCGCCCGAUGGAGGAAAUGCCGCUCCCCCCGAUGUCCGCAGCCCUGAACGCAGAGAUAGGCGCGACCAUCAACGUAGCCGAUCCAAGGGAAACCAAGACAUACGCACCCCAUCUCAGCAACGAUUCCGCAGCAAUACCCAGCAAGGCAAACAGCCACAGUAUCGUCAGCAGAACGGCGGAGCUCCCACGGGAAAUAUGAACAACCUCUCUAUCAAUUCCACCCCACAGCCGCCAAAGCCGGUGCCUGCGCCUGAGCUCUCUGUCACAUCACCUAAUGGUGGCAGCCCAGAUGCGAAGAAAUUACGAGGACUGCAGAAGAAGAUCCGCGCGAUUGAGGAUUUGGAAAUGAGGCUCGCAGGAGGUGAGAAGUUGGAAGAUACUCAGCUUAAAAAGAUUGGCACGAAGUCUCAGGUGCAGGGAGAGCUUUUUGCUUUGGACCGUGAAAGUUAG